AUGUCUCUGUUUGGCACAUCGCCCGAAGAGGCUCCCACAGAAUUCAAUCCCUCGCGAUUAUCGAGAUCGUCCCUUUUCGACGACGAGCCGCACAGCCAGUCCGGAUCAGCUCUCUUUGCCGACGAUAGCCAUGGCAGCGACUCCCCCUGGAAUAUGCCCACACCGAAGCGAGGCGGGCGCCAGAACUACAUCAAAACCCUUCUUCCGGCGUCUGAUGUACCGGAUAGUUAUAUAGAAGCCUUUGAAUUGAUUCUGGAUUCCAGUGGUCGAGGCGGCACCGGGGUCGGUCUGACUACGAUUCGACAGAUUCUUUCCAGCAGUGCAUUGACUGCGGCUGAUCAGGCCAAGGUUCUGAAUUUGGUACUGCCUAGAGGCCAGGAGACAUUAUCUGAAGGGCUGGGACGGAAUGAGUUCCAUGUCCUGUUGGCUUUGAUAGGUCUAGCGCAGGAAGGCGAGGAGAUUACGUUUGAUGCCGUGGAUGAGCGACGGAAUAAACUACCUCUACCCAAAAUAUCGUACCUAGAAGACCUCCGACAGGCGAGUGCCAAACCCCCUGUCCAGACACAGCAACCGCCGCAACCAGCAGAGGCGCCACAACCAGAACCACAACCAGAACCACAACCAGAGCCACAGCAGCAACCCGUUAACUCACGGCCACGACAGGCCUCCUUUGGCGCCGCAGAGGCAGAUCCUUGGGGUAGUCCUGACCUGCAUCGUGGACAUCAACAUACUUCAAUUCCUUCCAACGAGCCUGCACUUAAUGGUUUUGGCAGUGUCCGUUCGUCUACCAAUGGCUGGGGUGCUGCCACUUCCACCACAGCUGCAAAUGAGUCUCAGAAUACAUCCCAAUCGAACGGCCAAGGUCCUCCUAGCAGCUCCGGUUCAGGUUGGGGUGGAUAUAACAAUAUGUCUCAAACAGCUCCUCCAUUCGGUGCAGCCGCUCAACCAGGAUUCGAAACUUUUCCACAACCAGGCAAUGUACAGGAUGGCCUCGAUUCGCAAAGUCGAUCUCUUGGAGGGGGUCGAGUGACUGGUCCUGGAGCCGCGGAGAUUGUAACUGUUACCCUAUUACCGGAAAAAGAAGGCUUGUUCAUGUUUCAGCAUCGCAAUUAUGAAGUCAAGUGCGCUCGUCGAGGCAGCUCAGUAGUGAGACGUUAUAGUGACUUCGUCUGGUUACUUGAUUGUCUGCAAAAACGAUACCCAUUCCGACAAUUGCCACUUCUUCCUCCUAAGAGAGUUGCAGCGGACUCAAAUUCGUUUCUCGAAAAGCGUCGUCGUGGACUUGUGCGGUUUACGAAUUCGGUUGUGCGACACCCGGUUUUGAAUCAGGAGCAACUGGUGGUUAUGUUUUUGACUGUUCCUACGGAGCUAUCAGUAUGGCGCAAGCAGGCGACAAUAUCAGUGCAAGAAGAAUUCACAGGCAAAGCUCUGCCUCCUGACCUUGAAGAUUCAUUACCAUCAACCCUAAACGAAACUUUCGAUACUGUGCGAUCGGGCGUUAAGCGCUCCGCUGAAAUCUUUAUCAAUCUUUGUGCCUUACUUGAGCGAUUGGCAAAGCGUAAUGAGGGAUUAGCCGCAGAUCAUCUUCGAUUUUCAUUAGCCUUACAGUCCCUGACGGAAGCAACAAAGAAUACGUAUGCAGUGGACACGAAUGACGUGCCAUUGCUGAACGAAGGCAUUAACGCAACCGCAAGACACUUCUCCACGAGUCAAAGCCUACUGGAAGAUGAGGCACGAGCAUGGACUGAUGGCGUACUAGAAGAUCUUAAACAGCAACGGGACUGUGUCGUUAGCAUGCGGGAUCUGUUUGAUAGGAGAGAUCGCUUUGCAAAGGACAACAUUCUUCAACUUGAGAAACGCAUCGAGGCCAAUGAGAAGAAAUUACUGGAUUUGAGGAGUCGUCCUCAAGGAACAGUUAAACCGGGCGAAAUUGAGAAGAUUGAGGAGUCUAUUUUCAAGGACAAGGAGUCAAUUGUACAGCAACACGCUCGCGGCGUCUUCAUCAAAGAGUGCAUCCGUGACGAGCUUCUUUACUUCCAACACAGCCAAUACCACAUCAGCCGCCUGCAUCAAGACUGGAGUCAAGAGCGAGUCAAAUAUGCAGAACUUCAGGCUGAUAAUUGGCGGGCAUUGAGUGAAGAGGUGGAAGGAAUGCCUACUGGGGAGUAG